AUGAGUCCAACGGAAACAACCGACCAUGGUAUCGAAGAUAAUGAUGUUGGUGAGAGUAGCAACGACUCUCUCUCACCGCCGAUAUCGAAUAGUGAAGCAGACAGUCUUGGCGAAAACGAUGAAGAAUCUGCUUUGAAUCCCGAACCCCUUCGAUCGUUUCGACAUUUGGAUCGAGACCAACGCAUGAGGGUAAUUUAUGGACUUUUAUUUCAUCGAAUGCAACAUUCAUCAGAAUCAGACAAUGCAGAUCACGAUCACGCAAACAUACAACCACCGAAUGGUGGUCUUCAGAUAUUGAAACAGAACGAAGCAAUUUCACAGAAUGUGGUGUGCCGGUUUUGUUUGGGACAACCUGGUGAUGAAGAUCAAGAAGAAAGUCUACCAAAGAAUACUAGCACAGUGAAUCCAUUUGUAUCACCCUGCAAUUGUUCCGGAGGAUCGGAAUGGGUACAUUUGAGAUGCUUUCGCCGUUGGCAAUGCCAAGCUGCCAGCUCCAAUUCUACAAAAUCUGCGUCCAAGAUCUGUUCCGUGUGUCGAUGUGCUUAUCUGUUGCCACCACUACCCAUGAAUGAUGCUGCGAUACAGCCUGGAGCUUUGUUGGUGUACAUGGACGACGAAGAAGAAUCAUCACGGCCAAGCAGUAGCUUUCAAAAGAGUCUAGUGUUAAUCUUGGACCAUUCUAUUCACGGCACGACUGGGUUGAUUGUCAACAGUCCAACAGCUCCACCUGAGGAUAUUGAAGAAGAAGAACAAGAAAGAGAAGACAGUAAUGAACAACUUGCUCGGCAUGAUAUUUCCUGGAGAAAGGGUGGACCAGUGUGUGGUGGAAGGCUUGGCGUUACGAGGUAUCUCAUUGCUCAUACCUACAACAAUGCGUCUUUGGGAGCCGAGUACGAGGAACAACAGCUCAUUUCUCACAACGUGAUUUCUGAUCUUCGAUCAGAGGAUUCAUCCCAUCCUACGCAUAAGCUGCAGUUUGUGUAUGAUCCGAGAGACAUGGAGUGUCCAGCUUCCUUUCGAGCACGCGAGCUGGGAGAUGUCAUGAGUGCACUGCUGGAAGGAUUGCCCCAGUCUCCAGAGGAAGAUGAAGUACAAUCCAAAGCACUACAUGAUGAUCAAACUCGCCCCGACGGUGAAUUCCUUGUAUUUUCGGGGUACUGCCGAUGGCGCGGUGGUCAGCUGGCGAGCGAGUUGCAACGAGGUGCAUGGUCUGUGUGCAAUCAUGUCAGUCCGGGCGAAAUGUUGCAGCCAGAAUCUUGGAAUCGUCUGAGAUACUUUAGUGAUCUACUACUUUCCUACGAGGAUCUAAUUCAAGAAGAUGAAACUGUACUUCAAAGUACCAAUCAUUGA